UAUCUUUUCCUCUCUCUAUAUAUAGCACCUUAAGCUACAUCAAAUGUAGCACAACUUCAAAUCAAACUUCAUAUACAUUAAAAAAAGGUGUUAAUUUGCAAGAAAUGGAUACCAUUGUUAAGUUAGGAAGUGAAGGUCCAGUGGUGAUAUUCAGCAAGAGCAAUUGUUGCAUGUCGCAUACGAUCGAUACGUUGAUACGUGGCUACGGGGCGAACCCUAGGGUUUAUGAGCUCGACCAGCUGGCCGAUGGCGACCAGAUGGAGAAGGAAUUGAUGGCAUUGGGGUGCAACCCUAGCGUGCCUGCUGUGUUCAUAAACAAGGAGUUCGUAGGUGGCUCGAACGAGGUCAUGAGCCUCAAUAUUAGAGGCAGGCUCAAGCCAUUGCUCAUUAAGGCCAAUGCUAUUUGGGUAUAGAUGGAAAUUAGGGUAAGGGAGUAGUUAAUAAGUUUAACAACAACUUUUUUCUUUUUGGCCUAGAGUUAUUAAAAGAAUACAUAAUUAAGUUCAAUUUUUAGCAUGUUUAUCAUGUUAUAGAGUUA